AUGUAUGCAAAGUUUGGGUUUUUCGUCGAGAUCAUGUAUCUGUUUGAUGAAAUGCCUGAACCAGAUGUAGUUUCAUGGAAUGUGGUUAUUGAUGAUUUUGUUAAAAAUGGUUGUUUUGAUGAGGUUUUGGCUGCUGUUAACCAGAUGUGUUUGAACGGGGUUGAGCCUAACGCGGUUACACUUCUUGUACUUGUUUUGUUUUCUUUGAAAAUGGGAGAUUUUGGUUUAGGUAAGUUGAUACAUUUGUAUAUUAUGAAGAGAGGGAUACAUAUGAGUGAAAAUCUUGGAAAUGGGUUGAUUGAUAUGUAUUAUAAGUUUGGAGAUAUGGAGUCAGCUGAGAAGUUGUUUGAUACGAUGAAGAUGAAGACGGUUUUCUCAUGGACUUCACUUCUUGAUGGUUUUAUACAAAAGGGUGAACUACAAAGAGCUGUGGUUGUUUUCAAUCUAAUGCCUAAGGAUACUACUGCUUGGAAUGUCAUGCUCAGCGGGUAUUCUGAGGCAGGUGAUAUGAGUUCAGCAGAGGCUAUCUUUCGAGCAAUGCCAGAUCGAGAUUUAGUCUCAUGGAACUCUAUGAUUCUUGGUUAUACUCAGAACAAGAUGUAUAUGAAGUCCUUAGAGUUGUUAAGAGAAAUGCUGGGGUUUGGAUUGAGACCUGAUCGUAUAACGUUUGUUGGGUUGUUUUCAGUUUGUGGAUAUGCAGGUGUACUGCAUAUCGGUGAAGCUAUCCACUCGUUCAUGGAGAAACAGAACGUAAAGGAGGAAGAAGUCGAGGUAGCUUUAUUGGAUAUGUACAGCAAGUGUGGUGAUCCUGAGAAAGCUCUUACAGUAUUUUACACGAUACGAAGAAGAAAAUCAGUGUUGGCUUGGAGUAACAUGAUCGUUGGACUAGCGAUGAAUGGUCUUGCAAAUGAAGCUCUUGUGUUGUUUUAUUCUCAUUUAAAUUAA